AGUGCGCGCGCGGGUAGGCUACACGGACCUUACGAGCGCGAGAGCCAGACUCGCUUGCGACGACUGUUUUUUUCUUUUUUACGUCCAUUUACUAUUUUUUCUUUCUUUCUGUCCGUCUUUGGGAUUCGCACUUAUAUCCUCCUCAGCGCGGUGUGUUUAUAUUGUUUCUUUCCUCGUUCCUCGGGACAAUAAGAAAUAAUAGAAAUAGAAGCGGAGGAGAGGAGCGCGCGAGCGGGUGCAGCAUCAUCUCGCGCUCACUCUCUCUCUCUCUCUCACUAUCUCUCGGUGUCGCGCGCUUUCCCCAGUCCAGGCACGCGAGCUCUCAGCGCGUCUGCCUUCUAACGGACGUUUUCAAACGGACGCGGAGAACUUCCAGGACCCGUGCAAGAGAGAAUAACGUUUUCACGUCCAAAAAAACAAACAAACUAACAACAACAACAACCAGGGGAUUAAUUUUGCCCUGGUGAACAACCGUGACGCAUGGUGGGAAUUUCUGCUCCUUUUCAGUAUGUGCACCGGAACGGGAAGCUUCAAACAAAACAGAAAUCCUGCAAGCAGAGGAAGUUUAUUUUCACGUGGCUGGAAAUCGCACUGAGAAGCCCUCCACCAUGCCCGACUCUCCCGCUGAUGUGAAAGCACAGUCCAGGUUAACUCCGCCCACCAUGCCUCCACCACCCGGCACACAGGGAGCCCCCAGGACCAGCUCCUUCACCCCGACAACACUAACGAAUGGCACCAGUCACUCCCCUACCGCACUGAACGGCGCUCCCUCGUCCCCCAACGGCUUCAGCAACGGCCCUUCGUCCUCUUCCUCCUCUUCACUGGCCAAUCAGCAGCUCCCCCCAGCAUGCGGCGCCCGGCAGCUCAGCAAGCUGAAGCGCUUCCUCACGACGCUGCAGCAGUUCGGCAACGACAUCUCGCCUGAAAUCGGCGACCGCGUCCGCACACUCGUCCUGGGCCUUGUGAACUCCACGUUAACCAUAGAAGAAUUUCACUCCAAGCUGCAAGAAGCGACCAACUUUCCCCUCCGACCUUUCGUCAUCCCGUUUUUGAAGGCGAACUUGCCGUUACUGCAGCGGGAGCUUCUGCACUGUGCACGCCUGGCCAAGCAGAACCCAGCGCAGUACUUGGCCCAGCACGAGCAGCUGCUACUCGACACCAGCGUCACGUCUCCCGUCGACUCGUCCGAGCUGUUGAUGGACGUCAACGAGAACGGCAAGAGGAGGACGCCGGACAGAACCAAAGAGAACGGCUUUGAGAGGGAGCCCCCGCACCCAGAGCACCCGAGCAAGCGGCCGUGCACCAUUAGUCCCGGUCAGCGUUUCAGCCCCUCCAAUGGACUUUCGUACCAGCCCAACGGCCUUCCUCACACCGCCCCACCGCCCCCGGGCCACUACCGGCUCGACGAGAUGGCAGUCGGCCACCAUUACAGAGACUCGUAUCGCCACACUAACCACCGUGAGAUCCGCGAGCGUCCACGGCCCAUCGGGAUGCACGGCAGCACGCGUCAGGAAGAGGUCAUCGAUCACAGACUCACAGACAGAGAAUGGGCCGAGGAGUGGAAGCACCUUGACCAUGUAAGAAAACUGCUUAACUGCAUCAUGGACAUGGUGGAGAAGACGCGGCGCUCGCUCACCGUUCUCCGGCGAUGUCAAGAGGCUGACCGCGAGGAGCUCAACUACUGGAUCCGGCGCUACAGCGACGCCGAGGAUCUGAAGAAGAGCUCCAGCAGCAGCAGCAGUAGCCAGUCGAGACAGCAGAGCCCCGCAGGACAGGACAGCAACCCUGCAGAGGUUCAUCGGGAGGUGCUCCACAGACCUGUAUCUGGCUACGUUCCCGAGGAGCUCUGGAAGAAAGCAGAAGAGGCCGUGAACGAGGUGAAGAGGCAGGCCAUGUCUGAGCUACAGAAGGCCGUGGCCGAAGCUGAACGCAAGGCUCACGACAUGAUCAGCACCGAACGGGCCAAGAUGGAGCGCACCGUGGCCGAGGCUAAGAGGCAGGCUGCCGAGGACGCGCUGUCCAUCAUCAACCAGCAGGAGGAUUCGAGUGAGAGCUGCUGGAACUGUGGACGCAAGGCAAGCGAGACAUGCAGCGGGUGCAACACGGCGCGCUACUGCGGCUCCUUCUGCCAGCACAAGGACUGGGAGAAACACCACCAUGUGUGCGGGCAGACGCUGCAGGCGCAGCAGCAGGGCGAGACGCCUAGCACCGCCAGCUCCUCGGGCACUCCCAGCAGCAGCGCUGGCAGCCCCGCAGACACCCCCUCGGCCGCUGCCACGCCACGCUCGGACACGCCUGGCACGCCGUCGGCAUUAGAGCCCGUGCCGCGCUAGAGCCAAACCCAUCACAGCCCCGCCAGGACUGUCUCACCUCACCUCGCUUACUCAAACAUGCUAAUUCUAACAUGCUAACCGAGAAAAAGAGGACUAGUUCCACAGAGCGACCGCCCCAACCGGAGGUCCGUAUCGGGUCAUAUUGACUUGCUAUGACAGAGAACACAAAGAUAUUCUUUGUGUAAAAUUCUCACCAUCCUUUAAUGCGCCCAAUUGCAACUAUAAGAAUAUUUUCUUUUGUUUUGUUUUUUGUGUUAAAUGUUUCCUGUAAAUAAGCAGAAAAAAAAGAGAGAAAGACCUCUGGAUCAGCACAUUAAACCUCCCGUUCGAUUCGUUUGUUUGCUGUUUGUUUGUUUGUUUGUUUUGCCUGUUUUCAGCGCUUCUUCCGCGCCCCCUCCUCCUUUCCACUAGCUGGGAUAUGAAACUAGUUGACCUCAACAAAAGACACUUUACCAAAUGACAAACCAAGGGAUUACUCCAUAGCUGUUGACGCAAAGACGCAAAAAAAAACAAGUGAUUAUACGAAAGACAGCGUUUCAAUCAAAACAAACAAAAACAUUACAGGACAAAAACACCAACAACAACAACAUCAGGGCAGGACAUUGUGGAGUAAAAGACGAAUAGCAUGUUACUGAACUCGGCAGACCUUCAGCACCGUGUGCAGAUGCGCAGCAGAUUGUGAAGGAACGCAGAUGUUCCCUCCUUUUUUUUUCUCUUUUUUUUUUCCUUACACGUCUGCAAGACAUUUGAUGCUAUCCAGGUCAGUGGUCUGAAAAAUAAAAAGUCUGUUUUUUUUCGCGGGGAGAAAUGUAAAGGCACGGAGGACCGAGCAGCUUGAUGAGCGCAGCUUCAUGAUGAGCGCGCUGCGUCAGCUCCAAAAACAGGAAGUGAAGUCAUCAGCCCACCCAAGCACGACCCUCAGUAUGACAGCUGUGCUGGAUGAAGGGUGGGGAAAAAAACAAAAAAAACAAACGGCACGUUCCUCCACUUCUGCCCAGCUUCUGCCAGCCCUACUUUCUUUCUGUUCUUUUUUUUUUUUCUUUUUUCCUCUUAGCUUUCAUUGUGUUGAACAUUUGUGUCCCAUGCUGUCCUUGAUGCUUAUUUAUUGUACAUGUUGGAAAAAAAUCGUGAUCAUGCAUUCUUAAAAAAAAAAAAAAAAAACAAGCAAAAAAAGAUUUAGGCCCAUCCUUCUAGCUGGUGCAAAAUGACAUAUUAAGCAUAUCGCGAGCUGCUUUCCUGUCUGUGAGUGUUUGUGGUAGUUCCUUAGUAGUUGUUUAACAAGAAGGAAAAAAAAAGAAUCCAGUCGUCCUCAAAAAAGGAGACAAAAGCUAAUCCCUCAGAGCUGCUGCUUCAGUCUAACGCCGACCUUUUCUGAGAACUAGCAUGUUACACGGAAUGCUAACAUUAAUGUUUUUGUACAUGAGACGUACAUACUUGUAUUUGCACUGUCACGACGUUCCUUUCAGCAUGCUUCUCCGUUUCCAAGUUUCUCAGUAGAGAACCUCGCGUCACUGACUCCGCAGUGCUUCUUUACCUACAGUAGCUGUGAUCCUUAUUUUCUUUAAGAAAAAAAAAGGGAAAAAUUGUUUCCAGACCUGCUUCUUUUUUUCUUUUUUUUUUUCUUAUCCUAAACGCGAUAGCGGGAAACGUCAUACCUUUUGCUUUGAAUAGUUACGAACAGUGCAUGCACAUUACUGAAUGUUGAAGUAUAUGUUCUUUUUUGUUCAUUUUCUACAAAAAAGAGGAAAAACAAGUAUUUAAAAAAAGGUAAAAAAAAAAUAAAAAAAAACACACGCUAAGAAUCUAACUUUCCAAAUGCAGAAGUGUAAACAGACAGCUCUAACACUGCAAAGCACCAGGUUACACAGUAUUACGAAAAAAAAAAAAAAGAAUAAACAUGGAAGACAGCCAAAGACCGACACGAAGGACCAAAACCUGAUUUUAUUCUAUAUGUAAAUGUAACAAAAACAAAAAACAAACAAAAAAAAAAAACCACAUCAAACACACCAUCGAUUCUUUUGUUUUAUCCGAGAGUUCAUUAGCGGAAACCUUUAACAUUUUCCUGUCGAAAGCCAAGACCAGCCCUGCUCAGCCUGAACGGAGGACUAGCGAAGUCACGCUUGUGAUCGCGCGACGAGAUCGUGGAUGCGACCUAAUGAGCAAUAAUCGAGACAGUGGCACGAAUCCGUUAUAUCAGAUUUAUAGCUAGCGAGGUUUUCCUUCAGCAGCCCCAAGCUUGCAAUGCAGACUAAUUCAACUAAAGCAGCACUUAUUCAUUUUAUGCAGCACAUUUCUCUAUCAGCCAGGAUCAUACAGUAAAGCCAUGCAAUUUCAUGACGAUCAGUUUUAAGAGCGGGAAACCCAUGGUGCUAAACAUGAAACCCUCUUCCUCCUCUGUUUCUCCCUUUUUUUCUGAGCUGAAGCGAUCCAAACUUUUAGUUCACAACCAAAUUUUGUAAUUUUUCUUUUUUUUUUUUAAACACAUCCACUUAACAAUAUAGUCGGUGUAAUCAAAAACAAACAAACAAGUACUGUGGAAGUCUUAAUGAGUACCUAUAAAGCUCCUUCUCUACUUCUGUACUUCUUCUAAAAUAUCUGUUUUGCUACAAUUUUUUUUCCUCCGUGGCAUAAAAAAAAAAAAAACGAGAAAAAAAAAAAAUACCCUCACUCUACCUCUGACAGCACGUUACAAGCACCAGUCGCUGAGCAGACACUGGUCGAGUCAAACCAAAUGGGCACGUGAGAACAGGACUAAAAAAAAAACGAAAUAAAUCCAAAGUUAAAAGCUCAUACAGCUGCGAAACCAUAUCACUACUUGGUAACGAUGCAGACCUCAUUAAGAGAGAACUUAAAGAAUAGAAGAAAUAUGCUAAAAAAAAAUCUUUUUAUGUUCAUUUUUGCUCUAGGCCACUUGUCAGCGUCGUCUAGGUUCAUGCUCUAAAACACGAGGCGUGCUCAACGUAAAGAAGGCUGGUCAUUUUUUUUGCGCAUGCCUGUCUUCGGAUGAUAUAUUAAGGGAGAUACACGUGCGUUUUUCAAUUUGUAAAGCGAAUAAACGUCGAGCCUGAGCGAGUCGAUGAUUCGGGUGGGUAAGGGACGGGUGGGUUCGGGCACAAAGAAAUGAAAACUUUUUAUUGUGAAGAAAAGCUCAAAUAAAUGAAGGUUAUUGUGCAAUACUUAAUUGAAACAUGAACCACAGGUUAAUGGUAGACUGACACUGGGGGUGUGUGCUCUCUCAUCACACUGUUUCAGUACGUUGUUGAGCUUUGGAGUCUACUAUGUCACAACUGUGGUUUCCUGUUUUUUUUUUUGUUUUUUUGUUUUUUCUCGGUUUCAUUUGUUUUUCUUUUUUUAUUAUUAUUUUUGGGGGCUAUAAUCAAUGGUCUGUCAGUCUGUGAAACUUUGCAGUAUGAUUCUGGUAUUGUCGUAAUCUUUACUGUGUAAUAAAUAUGUUAAUACUAAGAA